AAUGUUGUCGCCUUGCAAAUUUACAAAUGUCGCUGUGCCAACAAGUCGGUUGAAUUUCUUUCUUUCGUUCAGUGACAGAGAAAUUACGUUUCUGAUUGAGUUACCGUAAAGUGUUUACACGAGAAACACUCGUGUGAUUUUUAAUCGCAUCAUGUAUAUCAAGCAGGUGAUUAUACAAGGAUUUAAGUCAUACCGUGAGCAAACAGUUGUAGAACCAUUUGAUCCAAGGCACAAUGUAGUAGUUGGAAGAAAUGGUUCUGGAAAAAGUAACUUUUUCUAUGCAAUUCAAUUUGUUUUGAGCGAUGAAUUUUCACAUUUGAGACCUGAACAGCGACAAGCUUUAUUACACGAAGGUACUGGACCAAGAGUUAUUUCUGCCCAUGUGGAAAUUAUAUUUGAUAAUUCUGAUGGAAGAUUACCGAUUGAUAAAGAAGAAGUAUAUCUAAGAAGAGUAAUUGGGUCAAAAAAGGACCAGUAUUUUCUUAAUAAAAGAAUUGUAACUAGAAAUGACGUAAUGAACUUACUAGAAUCAGCAGGAUUUUCAAGAUCAAAUCCAUAUUAUAUUGUAAAGCAGGGAAAGAUAAAUCAAAUGGCAACAGCACCUGAUUCACAAAGGCUUAAAUUAUUACGAGAAGUAGCUGGUACUAGAGUAUACGAUGACAGAAGAGAAGAAUCAAAAUUUAUUUUGAAAGAAACAGAAGGAAAAUUAGAAAAAAUUCAGGAUUUUUUGCGAACAAUAGAGGAACGUUUAAAGACAUUAGAAGAAGAAAAAGAAGAACUUAAGGAAUAUCAGUGUUGGGAUAAACAGCGUCGUUGCUUAGAAUAUACGAUUCACGAGCGAGAGCUCAAGGAGAAUAAAAGAAAAUUAGAAGAACUUGAAAAAUCUAGAGCUAAUAGUGGUGCUGAACAAGCAAGAUUAUGUGCAGAUGCAAAAACUGCACAGGAAAUGGUAAGAGCUGCAACAAAACGCCUCAAAGAGGCAAAAAAAGAAGUGCAAACCGCAAAAGAAGAACGAGAUACGCUUAGCGCCGAACAACAACAAUUACUGAAAGAGAAAACCAAAUUAACUCUAACAAUUAACGAUUUACUGGAGGAAGUAAAGGGAGAUAAUGAUAGUAGGAAACGCGCUCAACAAGAGUUGGAAAAAUUAAAAGUGAACAUUGCAGCAAGAGAAGCAGAAUUAGAACAACUUAAGCCAGAAUAUGAAGAAAUGAAACGCGUUGAAGAGGAAUGUACUCGCGAGUUACACUUGAAAGAGCAAAAAAGAAAAGAAUUAUAUGCCAAGCAAGGAAGAGGCAGCCAAUUUACUAGCAGGGAUGAAAGAGAUAAAUGGAUACAAAAUGAACUGAAACAGCUUACCAAACAAAUUAAAGACAAAGAAGAACAUCAAAGGAAAAUUAGCGAAGACUUAAAGAGAGAUGCAGAAAAGCAAAUUACCUUAGAAAAAAAGAUCGAAGAACAUACACGCGAAAUGGAACGGCAACGAGCUUCGAUAGAUGAACAUAAUAAACAAUAUUAUGAACUUACUAAAUCCAAAGAUCAGUGUCAAGCAACUCGAAAAGAACAAUAUCGCCAAGAAAGUGUGUUACAAUUAAACUUAUCAGGACUAAAAGAGGAUUUAGCCAAAGCAGAUCAGAGUUUACGAUCUAUGGCAGGGAAACCGAUUCUAAAUGGUCGAGAUAGUGUGCGAAAAGUACUGGAUACGUUUCGUGCGCGUCCAGAUAUGGCCCAUGAGGUGAGUAGUUAUUAUGGGCCAGUAAUUGAAAAUUUUAGUUGCGACAAGAGUGUUUAUAUGGCUGUAGAAGUAACUGCUGGAAAUCGUUUGUUCCAUCACAUUGUGGAAACUGAUAAAUUUGGGACAAAAAUUCUAAAAGAAAUGAACAAUCAACGCCUUCCGGGAGAAGUAACAUUUAUGCCUUUAAAUCGACUUCAUGUAAAAGAUAUAGAUUAUCCAGAAACAAGCGAUGCCAUACCAAUGAUAUUACAGCUAAAUUAUGAUCAGAAGUAUGACAAGGCCUUAAGGUAUAUUUUUGGAAAAACAUUGAUCUGCCGUAAUUUAGAAGCCGCAACAAAUUUAGCCCGUACUUCCGGUUUAGAUUGUGUAACGCUUGAGGGUGAUCAGGUGUCAUCAAAGGGAUCAUUAACGGGUGGAUAUUUUAAUACAUUAAGGUCGCGUCUAGAAAUACAGAAAACUAGAUCAGAAUUAAUGGCUCAGAUUGCAUCUCUGGAAUCUCAAUUUGCAACGCUCAAAGAAGAGAUCAGGAAAGCUGAUCAAAAUAUCAGUUCUUAUGUCAGUGAAAUGCAAAGAACCGAAACAAAAAACAGUAAAGCGAAAGAUGUAUAUGACAAGAUGAAAGCAGAAAUACGGUUAAUGAAAGAAGAAUUGAGCGCGAUAGAACGAUAUCGAACACCAAAAGAAAGAAGUCUAGCUCAGUGUACAUCAAGUUUGGAAGCAAUGCGUGCGACCAAAGAAGGUUUAGAAAGUGAAUUGCAUCAAGAACUCAUGGCACAACUAUCUGUUGCUGAUCAACGUCAAGUUGAUACAUUGAACGAUGACAUAAGACGUUUAACGAAAGAUAACAAAGAGGCAUUUGCUAAACGAAUGCGAUUGGAGGCUGAAAAGAAUAAAUUAGAAAACUUAUUAACCAAUAAUUUAGUGAGAAGGAAAGAUGAAUUAGUUCAAGCGUUACAAGAAAUAUCAGUAGAGGACCGACAACGUCAAUUAGAAUCAUCUAAAGCACAAUUAGCAGAUAUUGAAAAGAGAUUAGUGAAAGUGAACGCGGACUUCAAAGCUCAGAACGAAAGAGUAACCAAUGCUAUAAAGAAACAAAAAGCGGAAUCUGCGGAAGUUGAAAGGUGGAAGAGCAAGGAAAAGGAAGCACAGGAAAAAAUAGAAGCUGAUGCGAAAGAUUUAGAAAAGCUAGCCAGUAAAUUGAACAUUUUGCAACAAAAAAUAGUAGAGUGUACACAAAAAAUUACUGAACUCGGUGCACUGCCUAGUCACGACGUGUAUUCUAAGUUCAGUACUUUAUCUACUAAACAAUUAUUUAAAGAGAUGGAAAAGGCGAACAAUCAUUUAAAAAAAUAUAGUCAUGUAAAUAAAAAAGCAUUGGAUCAGUUUAUGUCAUUUAGUGAUCAAAAGGAAAAAUUGGUAAAAAGGAAGGAAGAAUUAGAUAGAGGUGAUGAAAAAAUUAAGGAAUUAAUGUCAGUGCUUGAACAACGCAAAUGCGAAGCAAUACAAUUCACUUUCAAACAAGUAAGCAAAUAUUUUAGUGAAGUCUUCAAGAAACUUGUUCCAUCAGGCCAUGCACAGUUAGUUAUGAAAACAGCAGAUGGUGACGAAGGGGACGAUGCUACAACAGAAGCAGCUGAUUCUGAUAGAUUUAUUGGAGUUGGUAUACGAGUAUCCUUUACUGGUCAUAGAGCUGAAAUGAGAGAAAUGAAUCAGUUGUCUGGUGGACAAAAAUCACUCGUGGCAUUGGCAUUAAUAUUUGCGAUACAAAAAUGUGAUCCAGCGCCGUUUUAUUUGUUCGAUGAAAUUGAUCAAGCAUUGGAUGCGCAACACAGAAAAGCUGUAGCAGAUAUGAUUCAUGAACUUAGCUCUGAUGCCCAAUUUAUUACGACGACCUUCAGACCAGAAUUGUUACAACACGCGAACAAAUUUUACGGUGUCAAAUUCAGAAACAAAGUCUCCCAUGUUGUAUGUGUAACACGAGAAGAAGCGGCAGACUUUGUAGAAGAUGACACGACGCAUGGUUAAUAUAAAAUGUAAAUUAUUUAUAAAUUAUUAUCAGUUCGGAAACGAUUGUUUUGUUCAAAAGUGACAUUGAUACUGUAUUGCAUGUAUUGAUCAUUUUUACAAAUAUUUUUAAAAAAAUAUAUGUUUAUUAUAUUAAACAAAGAAUAUUUCAGUUCUGUAUGUGGAUGGCACAUUUUAUGUAAAUGUUUAGAAAAACUUUAUUUUUUAUUUUUCAUUGGUAACAUUAUUUAUAUAUUAGUAACACGUAUCACUCUACUUUUUUAUU